CUUGGGAAAAGUUUAUUCAUGAGUCCUUGAAGAAGAAAUCUGGCAGUUUUACUUCUCCUUCAGCUUAUCUACAAGCACAGAAUCGUGCAGGAAUCAAUCACUUUGGUAAACUGCAAUGGGGCUCAUUACCUCUCUGAUAUGAAUCCCUUUAAGUACGCGACACUGAAGUAGAACUGUACUUGAGUGAAGAAGCUCUAUAUAAAGACAAGCACACAACGGAUCUACUGGCAAUGCCAUCCCCCUGCUGUAAGAUGUGUUUAAAACUGUGGCUGAGCAAAGGGCCUGUGUGCUACGUUGGCAACACUGAGCAGCCAUGAUCUCCGCACUUCCACCAUCUUCUCCCUCAGCUAUAAGGUUAACUCUAAGCUGAUAGUAUGUGGUCAGCAGCAUUGUGGCCCAACAUUCUACUUUACCCUCAGUAAAACCAAGCUGGACAGUUUAGUUAAUGUUAUGAAAAUGGCAGCGGAGAGUUUCCAUCUCCGGACAGACGACGAGCUCCAGGGAGCGACAUCGCUAGCAUCCCUCCAUCUCAGGGACGGCGUUGGGAUCAGGAAUGAGAACACUUUCAACAUGGAGGACAUUCCAGAGCCCAACCCUGCCCUUCCUAUGAUUACAUCAUCACCUCCUAACCAAUCACAGCAGGAGCCAGAGAUUGAUACACCAGCAGAUCAAGUCGAUGUUUCAGAGUUCCUGGAAACAGAAAAGGACCAAAACGGCGGCGAGGGGCAAUCUUGCAUUCGGACACCAGUUCCAAAGGAGCUCUCCUCCCAUGUUGCUCAAGAUCAUGUGAAUCCUGACCUGGAAACCAGCACUAGCAAAGAAGGAGAGAACAACAUAAGCAAAGCUAUGGCAGCCUCUGACAACAGCACUGAUGAUCAUCAGCUGUCUGAUGCAGAAUGGUACUGGGACAACAUUUCAAGAGAGGAGGUAAAUGAGAUGAUGAGAAACACUCCUGAUGGUACAUUUCUGGUACGAAAUGCCUCCAGCAGGAUUAAAGGGGAAUACACUCUGACACUGCGAAAAGAUGGGUACAACCGACUGAUCAAAAUCUUCCAUCAUGGAGGGAAGUGUGGCUUUUCGGAGCCACUGACCUUUCCCUCUGUGGUAGACCUGAUCCAGCACUACCAGAAGAAAUCCCUGGCCCAGUACAACUGUAAACUGGAUAUAAGGUUACUUUACCCAGUUUCCAGAUACUAUCAGCAGCAUGUGAUGGAGAUUGACAUUGCUGCAAUUGGAGAACAGCUGAGGAUAUUUCAAGAUCAAUACAAGGAGAAGAGCCAAGAGUAUGACCAUCUAUUCAAGGAGCUGAACCAAACCUCACAGGAGCUCCAGAGUAAGCGAACGGCCAUUGAGGCUUUCAGUGAAAUCAUUCGGAUCUUUGAGGAGGAGUGUGAAACCCAGGAGCGCUACAGCAAGGAAUACAUUGAUAUGUUCCUCACCUUAGACAGCAGCACAAAAAAUGACAAAAUUCAAAACAACUCUGAUGAACUGCAGUCCAGGGUGGAGGAGAUCCACAACAGCAAGAAGAUAUUGGAGGAAGAACUGAGGACAAAAGCACUGGCUCACAUGGAGGUCGACAGGAAAAUAACAAGACUGAAGCCUGAUCUUGUGCAGCUUAGGAAAAUCAGAGAUCAAUACCUCCUAUGGCUAACCCAGCAAGGCAUGAGACAGAGUCAGAUUAACGACUGGUUGGGUGUAAGAGCUGAUGAAGAAGACCCAUACACCAUUGAAGAUGACGCCCACCAGGAGGAGCGGAGUUGGUACGUUGGAGGUAUGAGACGAAAAGAGGCGGAGGAGCUCCUGAAAGGAAGGCGGGAUGGGACAUUCUUAAUCAGAGACAGCCAGACUCAGAAAGGCUCCUUCGCUUGCUCUGUUGUCGUGGACGGGGACGUCAAGCACUGUGUGAUCAACAGGACGUCUACAGGAUAUGGCUUCGCUGAGCCCUACAACUUGUACUCGUCGCUAAGGGAGCUUGUCCUCCACUACCGCCACACAUCACUGAUCCAACACAACCAGCAGCUGAAAGUAACCCUGGCCUGGCCCGCUUUCAGUCAGCAGUCCAGCUGAGACACACCAGCACGCCACCCUGAUUCCCAAAGUUCCACAGCAUUAGCACAGAAGACACACCCAUAUGGACACAGUUCCCAUGCUGAAACAAAGUACCUGUUAGUAAUUCACAACUAGAAGAACUAACUCUGGUAGGUUUUCACAUUACAUACAAGAAAGCAGUCAGUUAUUAUACGGAUUUGAAACAAAUUAACGUCCUCUGAUUAGGCUUCUGACUUUGUCCACAACUCUAAAAAUGGCAUCUAACACCAGAUUGUUAGGCCUCUCAGAGGAACAGGUAUCCAGUUCUGAAAAUGACACCAGUUCAUUUAAAGCCAACCUGCAGCUCCGCUCCUAGUAAGUUAGCAGUUUUCUGAAAUACGUCUCAUUCACACAUAUAAGCUCAUUCAACAAUGCUUUUCCUGCACACUAUCCACACGUUUUCCAAAACUCUGAGGUGUUACAUGAUCCAAGGGGGAACAGCAUAGACCCUUUUUAGAAUACUUAUAUAUGGUAUACAGUCACAAGGAAAAAAAUGCACCCUUGUUGCUAAUAAAAUGCACACAAUUACUUGGUCAUCACAUCAGCAAGUGUUGCAAUCAUAGAGAUGGUAGAAUAGGACAUUGCUGGUCUGGAGCAUACUUGCCAAGAUAGAUAAACAUCACCAAUGACCUUAAAGAACCAAUUGUUGACACCCAUCAAACCUGGAAAGAGUUUCUAGUAUUUUCUAUAAAAAAAGAAAGAGCUACAUCUCAGACUCUACAGGUCUCAGCCUGUUAAACCUUAAAAGAUAAUACAAUUAGAAAACGACUAAAGUAAAGCUUCUAUGGAAGGACUGCCAAGAGAAAUUCUGGUUCUUUAAUGGUUAAUUGCAUGAUUAAGGUUGCAUCUGAAUGUACCAUAAGGACCUAUGGAGCAAUGUCCUUUAGGCAGGUAGGACCAAAGUAGAGAUGUUUCGACUUGAUGCACAGCUCCAUGCCCAGCAUAUUGGCACAAACAUCCUCAUCUUAACUGUGAAGCACGGUGCAAGAAGGUUGAGGAUUUUGGUUUUUCCCCAGUUCUAGAACCAUUUAGUUGACCGUGAUCUUUCCUGCACAGCAUACGUGUUCCAAAUUGAGCCUCAAACAGAAAUUGUAAAGACGAAUGGGCCAAAUUUCCACCACAAUAAUCCAAGAGGGUGAUAAAGUCAGACAGAAAACAACCACUUCACGUUUUUUGCUGCGAUUGAAUCAUGGGGUGUACUCACUUUUUCCCCCCCCAUGACUGUAGUUCUGCUACCUGUGUUUGUUCUACAUGAAUUGAAGUGGCGUAGUUAACAUCUACAUAUAUUAAAAAACUUACAGAAAGGUCAGCAAAAGAACUACAAUGAAACCAGAUGUAUCUACUUCUAGCGCUUAGCUACUCAAUCCUCCACUGCAAUAUAUAUCUAAAGUAUUUACUGUAGGAACAAAAACCAGAACAAUCUUCUUAAAGGAUACUCCCCAUCCCCCAAAGUUUAAUCUCCCCAUAGUAGUACAUGUCUUCCAUACCAUCAAAUCUGUUUAAUCAGGGACAUAGGAGUGUUAAAGGUGCUCCGAGGGACAUUAAGCUCAGGAAGGGACUCUGCAAACUUGUACAUGAUGGAUACUGCAGGUACUGGGGAGACACUCAAGCACUUUAUCCAGAACAAAACACAACAAACAAAGAAAUUCAUGCUUCUUCAUAUUAUGUCUCAUUUGAAAUGGGACAGUAACAAUAGAAGCAAAGAUCUGACAAAGAUCUAAUGUCUCAAGUUUUUUUUUUUAUUAAUUAGAUUAGUAUACUAUUCUAACCUUUUAUUUCAUUUUCCAAGGAUUUGGACAGAAGAUUUUCUGUUAAGUGUAUAGAUUAUCUUACACAAGGCUAAAACAGCUGGUUUACAGGUCUUUAGAAAUUGUUGAAAGGUGCCUUUAAGAGUUUUACUCCAGCAGUGAUAUUUAUCUUACAGACUACAUUGGUCUGAUGAAAUCAGUAGGUUGUUUCUGGUUGAAUAUGUGGUUUUAAAAACAUCCACGACGAUUAAUUAAAAGAAGGCAAUUGCCUUGCCUUCAGUUUAACAGUAAAGUAUUAAGGACGACCCACAGCAUAGACCCAUAUCAACAUACAAACUAGCAUCUAAGAGAAACUCUACAGAAAGGAGGUCACUGGUAAUUAAGGACAAAGUUAAUUUAAAGGUUAUCUGAAAGUAUCCAGAGUAUCACAGCUAAAAUGUAUGUUUCUGCCGAGGAUAAAUAAAAACAACACAGUGAUUUCUUAUAUUCACUUCUGAAAUUGAAAUGAAAGUUUCUAAUGGUCCGUCUACCAAUUUCAGCUUUAAUUUUGGUGCUUUUACAUUUCUUAUGGGGAUCAUGACCGGUUUCAGAACAGGUUAAUGGUUUCAAUCAAUAUAACCAUGAACAUAAACACCAGGAAGAACAAAAACCAGCUACAGGCCACUGAAAUGCACCCUUGUGUUUGAUACUGCCUUGGUAAGAUGCUAACUCUGCUUUGAAGAACAGGCCCCCAGACCAGGGUUACUGGUCAACUUGGAACCGCACUUGGUCCAUUAAAUGCAAGUUAAAUUAACGCAAGUCAAGUUGACAACACAGAUAGAGGGCGCAUGUUUUAGGACAAAUAUUCAGCUCUAGGGUUGGGCGAUUGGACGAAUUUAUCAACCAUUGACAAGAGGCUGAGCCCCUCAACGAUUGCUUUUUUAAGAGCAACAUUUUGGUUUUUUUGGCCUACGGGUUAAGAGUAAAACAUGGUCGGGCGUAGCCUACUUGACUCAGCGAGCAAUAAACUGCUCAGCGGGAAAAAGUCUUCACAUCGACUUGUUUCAUAUGUGACACACUGUUCCAAGUAGACAGUAGCGAGUGAUAGCAUACUCAGCCGGAUGGUGAACAUAUAAAUGCUUAUGCAAGUUUGUCGUUACUUCUGCACAAAUGGCACACCGCUUUAGUUACAUCCUGUGGUUUACCUCAUUCAUCCGGCUUAAAGCCAAAGUAAUCCCAAAUAGGCAACUUUGUAUUUUGUUUGAUAACUAGUUUCUCCAUUUUUGGACAUUUGUGAUCUAAUUGGCAAAUUAGCCCGUGGCUGUUUACAUUUCUCCGCCCACAAAAAGUAAAAAAGCUUAUCGUUUGUUGGACUGACAAAUAUUGUUGGAAAAAUGUUACAUAUCGCCCAACCUUAUUUAGCUCCACACUUAUUGGCACCCCUGUUAAAGAGGUCUUAAAAAAACCUUUUACGGUAGAAGCAUAAACUUUGCUGCAGUUCUCCAAUGGUGUUGUCCAACCCUGUUUGUCACAAUUCCAGUUUAUAGAUGCACCAUUUAGUAAUUCGAGGAGUGAUUUCUGAUACCAGCUUUUUGUAAAGAUCAACACUUAUCUGCUUUACUUUAAAGGCAUGUUCUCAUGUCUUUCCCAUAUUGAGAAGUGGCGAAGCAAAAUGGGGCUGUGUCGAAUCAUAGCUGUAACUCUGGGAAUCAUGAAACUGCUGAGUACUAAUUAAAAAUUCAGAAUAUGCUCUGAAUAAAUAAAAAAAAUUAAGCCAUAAAAUACAUAAAUGCUUUAUUUACUCUUAUUUUGAAGGGGUUUAACAGGUGCCAGUAAAUGUGGCAGUGGUGAUCUUGUAAGCAACACACACUUCUUAAAAUAACAUUUGUCCCCCCACUGAAUAAAUGUACUCAAAAAAGUUCCCGUUUUCCCCAAUUUUGUGUGUGUGAAGUUAUAGCAUUGCAAUACAAGAUUAAUUUUAUUUAACAGUUUUUAAUUACUAGAAAUGCACUGAUCACCUUUUUCCUUAGCUACAUAUACAGAACUCUAUUAAAUUGUUUACAUCCUCAUGUUUGAAAAUUGUGACAUCUGUUAUAGCCCUGCAUACAGGAUACUAUCAUCCCAAAAAGUUCGAUAAUCCACAGGUACUGUGACGUGAUCCAUAGUACGGAGCAAGUUUUACCUCUAAAAGCUUUAAAAUAGUUACUACCUCAGUUUGAGGUAAAACUCAAAAAAGUGAUAAAGCACUGUGUCUAAGUUAUGAGAUUCUUAGUUUAAAUUUUCCAAGCUUAUUUUCUAUUAUGAUUAUUGGGAUUUCAACAUAAAUUGUUUACAUUUUAGACCUAUCAAGGAAUAUCCAGGAACUCUGGGGGGAACUGGUCUCCAACCCAGGUACUUUGGAUUGUGCAGUCUUGUGUGUGGGGGUGACGUGUUGCUUGUGGCUUACAGUGAAUCAUUUCACACUGUAAAGAGGUAAAAACUAAUGCAAUGAUCAGUAGAUGUGGAGACGCAAGAUUGUCUUGUACAUUAAGAUACUUAGGCGUACACAUUAUUUGACAAUGGCUGAAAAAUACUUUUUCUCUACUAGGAUGGGUCACUUUAUUGCACUUCUCUCUUAAUGGUCAAACAUGUGCUUGAUUGUCAUUACGUACUGUCACUUAAUGUUGUCAGUUCUGUUAGACUGUUACCUGCCGUGAAGUGAGUUUGACAGAUUUUAGCUUUUCUGAUCGUGAAAAAAAAAAAAGUGUUAUAAGUUGCAUGAUCUCGUUAUAAUGCAUAUAAUCUGUUAGGCUGGGUACUGUUUAGAAACCAGUUUUACUUCGACAAUUUUACCACCAGCUAGAUAAGACACUUUCUUUGCUCUUUACCUCAAAAUUAUGUAAAAUCUUUAUUUGUGCUUGCUAUCAUCUAAAGUAGUUUUUCCCUAUUGCACCUAUUUCUUGACACAGUAUGAGCCUGCAAGGCACAUGUUAAAUGUUAGGUGUGCCUGUAACCACAUCAGUCUGUUAGUGUUGCACAGUAUUAAAAUGUGAAGUCUUACAAUGCACAGGUUUUGAGCAAACCACCACACA